GUUUAGAAUAUGACUGAGGAUAUUUAUCCAUUAUUUGGAUGGGAUGACCCUGUUCCAAAUGAGUUCAAAGAGAUUUUUGAAAAGUUCACAAAGUAAGUAUUGAAAUGAUUAUUAUAGUUAGUCAGACUCCAGAAAGUGUAGUAGUACAUUAGAAGAAUCCUUAAGUAUUAGAGUUUUGUAUGUUUUUAGUAGUAGAUGAGGAUUAUGAGAUAAUUGGAAGGAGCCAAAAUGAAAAUUCAAUAUGUCCACUCUGUUAUCAAAAUGUUUAAAUGGGUCAUACUCAAUUGUACUCCAAUCUGCUUUCCUAAUACUUUGAUGUCCAUACUUCAUGUGCCCUUACUUGCAAACAUAAAACAGCAUAACUUGCUCUUUUAAAUGAUUAAAUCUAACAUGCAUAAAUAAUGGAACGAGUACCAGUAGACUAUGACUUAUUGGAUCUCAAUGUUAAAGUCUUUGUAGAAUUCAAAAUAUUCCAUACUAUUGCGUAAUAACCCUAUUUAAAUCUCACACAUUCAACUACACUUAAAUAAAAGAAAAACACAUCUAUUUUAAUAGAUUAUGCUAAUUUGAGAGAAUACUUUGGAAAGAGACAAAAACAUCUUAUUCCUUUGAUGUAAGGCAGAAUACAAAUUGAUAUUCAUAUCAUUGAUACUAAUCUCAUGUAAGAAACAAAAAAUGUUCAUUCAUAUGAAUUCUUUUAUAAUGCUACCAAAGUUUCUAGCAAUUACAUAUGUAUUGGUUAUGAUGGUAUAUGCAUUUCUAUGUAAAGAGAAGAAGAACUUAAUUAAUCAUUUUUAUGUCUACAAUCACUACAAAUCAACCUUUCAUCUGAUAUUGCUAAACAUCUAACCAAACAUUCACCUAAAUCAUCUCCUAUUAUUGAUUCAUUCCUUUUUUCACCAAAAACACGUAAUUUCACACCUUAAGUUGGACCUAUUCAAUCAAGAGUUCGUUUCUAAUCAUUUCAAUUAGAAGAAUAAACACAACCUGAUGAAUGGACAGAAGAUCUCUAAAGUUUUGAUUAAAUACGUGGGAAUAUUGUCAAUUUUGUUAAAACUUAACAUGGCAGUCGAUUAAUCUAAAAACAUUUUACUACUUGUACAUAAAUUGAAUUAGAUUAACUAUUAUAAGAAAUUGGUCCACAUAUUGGUGAUCUUAUGAUUGAUCCUUAUGCCAAUUAUAUGUUUGGAAGUCUCAGUUAAAGUUGUGCUCCACAUUAAAGAUUAUAUAUUUUAUAAACUGUAACAAUUUAUAUUUUAUAUAGAUCUCUAAUCAUUUAGUUGAUAUUGCAUGUGAUAAAAAAGGUACUCAUGCUAUUUAAUCUUUGGUUUCUUUGAUAUCAUCAAAAUAAGAAGAAGAAAUGGUAGAAAAUAGCAUUAAAAAUCAUAUCAUUAAUCUUACUUUGGAUAGUUAGGGAACGCAUCUGAUUAAAAAGAUUAUAGCUAGAUUUUCAGAAGAUCGUUUAAAUUUAAUAUUUUGCAAAUUAAUGGACAGAUUCAUUUAAGUUGUUAAUCAUCAAUUUGGACUUUGUGUUUUAAAAGAUCUUAUUACAAAAUUCAAAAAUAAUUAAGAGAAAUGCAAUUAUAUUUUAAUUAAGAUGCGUGAUUAAUUAGAUGAAAUAGUAUAAGAUCCUUUUGGAAACUAUGGUGUAUAACAUGUUAUUGAUGUAAUUAUAUCAAUUUUAAAAUUUAGGUCUAUGGAGAUUAGAAGUGUAAUCCAAUUAUUGAUAAAAUUUUGUAAAAAUUAGUGCAAUUAUCUAUCCAUAAAUAUUCCUCAAAUGUUGUUGAAAAAUGUAUUUUGGAAACUUCUGCUAAAACUCAGAAACGGUUCAUUAAACAAUUGUCUUAAGAUGUCAUAUGUUUGGAAUUAAUGAAAAAUAAAUUUGGAACCUUUGUUCUAUAGAAGGCUCUCUAAGAAGCUGAAAAAUUAGGCGAAGGAGACUUGUUAUAAUAAGCUCUUUAGCGAAACUUGCCUUCCAUUUAUGCUCAGAAUAUUAGGCAAAAGUGGAUGGAUUACUUAUCAAAGAAGUGAUUAAUUGACCU